AUGACAUCAACACAGCCAAACGGGUCUUCGGCGCCCUCAUCUAACAUUAACUCACCAAUAUUGCCGACCGGUAAUACAACGCUAUUUAACGGCUCUUUACCUGAUGCAAACGCAAGAUCUUCGCCUGCACCCCCGAGUAAUGCAUCAGUACCAGCUGAUACUGCAAGAUCGAAGCGCAACAAACGUGAUAGUCGGAAGAAACGUGAGGCCAAGGGAUUGGACCAGGAAAAUGCACCAAAGAAGAGAGCAGUUGCUGUCCACAAUAUUGCGCUUCCAAGCUCAGAUCUUAGUAUUCUUCGACCGCUACUGCUUGCCGAGCCCAGACCGUCGGAUUUACUUCCCCCACAGCCUCGCCAGCUCAACCUUGUGAACCGGAGAACGUCAGAUGUCAUUGGACAAACGUGGAGCUUUUACGAAGUUGUUGACAAGCUCACUAAUAAGAAUGGCUUUCGCUAUGGCUAUGCUAUAGCUGAUCCAGCGUUUCCACAUAUUAAAUACCGUCAGACCGACGUUUGUCCUUAUCAUGCACGAUUCAGCUUCGAGGACUCGCCAGCAGCGAUCUUUUUCAGUAAAGAUGCGCUCGCAGUUACAACCAGCGAACCAUGGCAUACGGCACGCGCCAAUGUAUGCGCUAGGGAAGGAAACUUCUACUAUGAAGCACGUAUCAUCAACGGCGUCACCAAUGACUCGCAAACAUGCACUACCAACGGCGUUUCCGGAGGUCCUUCCAAGGGUCAUGUCCGUCUUGGAUUCGCAAGAAGGGAAGCGGACCUUGACGUUAACGUUGGGGUUGAUUGUUAUGGGUACGGAAUUCGGGACGUCAACGGUGAAGUAGUUAAUCGAAUGCGCUGCGAGUACUUUUUCCCAAAGGGCGAGUCAAUCCGCGAAGGGGACGUUAUCGGAAUGCUCAUUUCCCUUCCACCACUUUCACUCCAUAGGAAAGUAGUCGAAGGCACCUAUGAUCCUGCAACCGACAAGAAUACCAGCGUGUCAAACUCAGAGAUGCCGUCAGCAGUGAACAUUAUCCGUGACCGAAUUCCUUUCCACUAUAAGUCUGAUUUUUGCUGGCAGCAAUCAAAUGUGUUUCCCACAAAACAUUUACGUGAUUACGCAUUCAAUCUCAAAGAAACACCAACUUUUGGGCCUCCCUCGCCGCUGAAUAGUGAAGACGCAUCUUUGCGAACACUUCCAGGAUCGAGUAUCACAAUUUUCAAGAAUGGUACAAAAAUGGGUACACCUUUUAAGGAGCUUUACGCAUUUCUUCCACCAGCGAGUCGGCUUGCGAAUGGCACUAACAAUUUGGGUCUUGGGGAACGAGAGAAUGCAGAUGACGGAAUGAUUGGAUACUUCCCUGCUGUGAGCUGCUACGGCGGUGGUGCGGUUGAAUGCCGCUUUGAGGGCCCUUGGUGGAUUGGCCCGCCGUCUCAUACAGAGACUGGAGAGCCAAUUCGAGCAAUAGGAGAACGCUUUAACGAGCAGAUUGUAGAGGACAUCGUGGCUGAUAUUGUUGACGAGGUCGAAGCGAUGCUGAUCUGGAGUGGUGUGGAUGGAGAUGUUGUCGACAACUCCGAAAUUGAUGGCUCCAACUCUGGUCCUGUUGGAGGUUCUGAGGUGCUUAAAACGGGUGUUGGAGCAGCAUAUGAAUCGGCCUUGUCUCCAGGUGCCAAAACCGAAUGUACGACUACCGAGAACAUCGUUGCUCAUAGAACGACAGGGCUACCAGAGUUAGACCCUGGCAAUACACUUGAGGAUGCAAUGGAUGUGGAUGCAGUAGACAUGCCCCAGGCAGAAAUAUCUUCAGCGGUUCCUGAAAAUACAGCCGUUGGUGAUGAUGUUGAUAAACCUUCGUUGUAG